AUGGAGCAACUUGAGGACUUUAUCAACAAUUAUGACUAUUCGAAGCAAAAUGAAGUUGAAUAUGAAAUUUUAUAUGAGAUUUGUAUGACUUUUCUGGAUAUUAUACAGACAUUACCUAGGGAUAUGGUAAUAAAAUUAUUGAAUAUAUUUAGUACUUUUAGUCUUGGUAUGGACAAGAAGAGUUCUAUAUGUUUUAAUACAUUAAAUCAGGUAUUAGGAUGUGCUGAUGAUGCUAAUAGCAGAUGGAUGCUUCAUGGGUUAAUCGAUCAUUUACAACCUCUGCUUUUAAAGUGUAGCAAUAGUGGUAAGACUGAAGGUUUAAGGCCAAAUCUUGGAUUUAGUAUUAAAAAUGAUGAUCUGAGAACAAAAUGGCUGGAUUGUGGUGGAUUGCAAAGUAUACCGUUGUUUUAUACGAUACUUCGGUUCAUGAAACGUAAUGAAAUAUCAAGUAACCUGUGGUGGAUAACACCUGGUAUUUUAAAUCUAUUAGAUGAUACUACGGAUUUAGAGAGGAUUAAACUAGGAGGUGUAAAAUUAUUACAAGUAUUAUUAGAACAUACGUUUGCAGGCAGUGUUGUUGAGGAUGAAAGAUGGAUGUCAUUCCCGGAAACUGGGCUAUUCAAAUUAUAUGAACCAAUAUUAAUCAAUAUGACAUACUACUUGCCUCCAUCAUAUUCUUCCAAGGAGACAUUAAUGGUAUUUGAAAUGGUAUUCCCUACACUAGAAUUAUUAUAUAAAAGAGAAUUCAAUGAUAAUAGAGCGAUGUAUCAAAAGAAUUUACAAAAAAUAUUAUCAGUUGUCAUAUUACAAAAUGUAAUGCCAAGGGUAACUUAUCAGUAUGAAGAUUUAACGUUGUACAUCUUGAAUCUUACUGUGGAAUUAUUAAAUGAACUACAAGGAGCCUCGGUGAUUCAUCUAUCACGACUGAUCUUUAAUCUAGGCGAAUAUGUAAUUCGUAAUCCAUUUUUCACUGCUUUCCCAAGUAUAAUGAAUGAGACUAUGCGACUAAUUCAAACGUUAAUUGAUAUCACACCAGAAGAAAGGCUGAAAUGCCACAAUUUUGAUUUAUAUGGGUUAUUGUUCAUCAUGUAUGAAAAGAAUUAUCAAGAAGGGACGCUUAGCGAAGACAGGAUGACAUUAAUGCAAGAAAUGAUCAUAGAAUUAGAGACCAAAGGGUGUUGUUUAAAGGAUGAAGAAAAAAAUGAAAUCUUUCAACAUAAAGUUGAGUUUAAGAAUCUUUUCUAA